GAAAAGUGAGGGAAUAAAUACCCUAAACCCAAAGAGAAAAAAGAGAAAGAGCGAUCCUUAAAACCCAAAUCAUCAUCAUUAUUUCCAUUGAUCUACCCCACCAAAUUUAUCUGCACUUUUCAUAAAUUUAUAUCCAUAUCCGGAAUACCAAAAGAAAAGUUAGAGUUGCUUGCAACAUAAUCUCUUUUCUAUUUCUUUAUUUCUUUCUCUCUCCCUGUGGGAAUUGCUUUGCAAUGGAAUCCCAAUGUUUCAUCCCACUCCCACUCCCACUCCCACCAACCGCCAUUUCUUGAGCUUUAAGCCUCUUAUUAUCCAUUGACAUCAGUGUCCCCAGUGUAGUACUCAUUGCAGUUUGGAGAGAUAAAAAGGGAGAUGGAUGUGGUUAAGAGAAGAGCUGGGACUGGUAGUGUGGUUGCUGGGUCUGUUUGGGAGAGUAGGAUGAAGAUUGAUGAGGUGAAAGGUGGGAUUAAGGUCUUCAAUGGUGAAGAGAGCAAUGAAGAGGGUGGUGGUGCUGGUGGGGUUCACGUGUACAGGAGGGUGAGGAGGACUGAUGUUGGGAAGAGGAAGACUUGGAACUCUGAGAGCUUGGAUAAGAGCCCAAUUCAGAUUGCCAAGGAGAGAUCCGAUGAGCCGUGUAAGGAGCUCAGUGUGUCUCCUGAUGGAAUCAAGAAGAGCCCAAUUCAGACGAGGAAGACGAGAUCUGAGCUUACUAAGGAGCUGACAGUGUCCGUCGAUGGUCUUGAGAGAAGCCCAAUUCCGAUGAGGAAGGGAAGAUCUGAACCACACAAGGGCUCUGCUGAAUCUGGCAAUGAAACUGAGAAGAGCCCCGCUCAAUUGAGGAAGGUGAAAUCUCUGGCUAAUAAAGCUAACAAUGAAUCAGGAACUGAGAAAAGCCCAGGUCAAUUGAGGAAGACGAAAUCAGCAUCCAAUAAGGAUGCUGACAAAUCCAGUACAGGUUCUGAUGGGAGCAGUAGUGGAACUGAGAAAAGCCCGGUUGAAUUGGGUAAGGCGAAAAUUGAAUCCAAUAAGGCUCCUGAUGAGUCUAAUGAGAUUGUAGGUGGGGGCGUUGAUACAAUUGAGAAAGAUUCUGAGGAGGUUGUUGAUGAAAUUGAGAAAGAUUCAGUAGAAAUUGUGAACGCUGGAUCUGAUGAAACUUCCAAGGAGUUUGGUGUCUGCAAAGAAGAGGUCAUUUCAAGCGAUUUGAGCAGUGUGGAUCAGGUCAAAUCUCCUCCAGAAGUCCAGGUGAACGAUGACAAUAACGAUGUUGAUAAUGCUGUUGAUGAAGAAGAAGCAGAGGAAGAGGAUGAUGAAGAGGAAGAGGGAGAGGAGGAAGAGGAAAUUGAGGUUGAGAUUGAGGAGAAGAGCUUGGAUGAUGUAAAAGAAAUUAGUAUUGCAGAACAGAAACCCAAGAAGGUUGUGCAUGAGGAGAAGAGGGUUCAUCCACUUCCUCAAAAACCACUACCAGUCUCUUCAGUUGUGAACAAAAAUCUUCCUCCUACUGUACCUGAGCAGAAACCAUUCUCUUCAAAUGCAAGCAAACAUCAGCCUCCUAUUGUACCUGAGCAGAAACUCAAAAGGGUUGUGAGUGAGGAGAAAAAGGUUCAUCAAACCCUUGCAAAGCCGCUACCCAUCUCUCCAAAUAUCAAGAAACAGCCUCCAAUUUAUCCCAGACACAACAAAAUUUAUUCAAAUCACACAAAACCUACUCCAAACGAGUUCAGGAGAGUCCCACAAACCCACAACAAAUUGCAAAAUUUAAUCGAUUUGGUAAUGUGGAGUGAUGUAUCGAAAUCUGCAUUUGUCUUCGGAAUUGGAACAUUUACCAUAAUCUCAUCAUCCUACACCACAGAUCUCAACAUCAGCUUGAUUUCUGUAGUUUCCUAUCUGGGUCUUGUCUAUCUUGCCGCAAUCUUCCUCUACAGAACAUUUAUUUUCAGGGGAGCCUCAGAUCUAGAUGACUCAAACCAGGACUAUGUGUUGGGGGAAGAAGAAGCAAUUUGGUUGAUAAAAAUGGUUCUUCCUUACUUGAAUGAGUUCCUCCUGAAACUCAGAUGCCUCUUCUCUGGAGAUCCUUCUACUACAAUGAAGUUGGCAGUGCUGCUCUUUAUUUUGGCUCGGAGUGGGAGCUCCAUAACUAUUUGGAAGAUGGCCAAAUUGGGCUUUUUUGGAGUUUUUACAGUACCAAAAGUUUGCUCUUGCUAUUCCAACCAGUUAACUGGAUACGGCAACUUCUGGGUUCGUCGCUUCCGGGAUGCUUGGGAAUCAUGCUCUCACAAGAAGGCUGUUGCAGCUGCCAUUUUUACCCUCGUAUGGAAUUUGUCCUCAAUUGUUGCUCGCAUUUGGGCUGUGUUCAUGCUGUUUGUGGCCGUCCGAUACUAUCAGCAGACAAUGGUGGUGGAGGAAUGGGUGGAGGAUGAUACAGGAGGAGCUGAUGAUUCCUGGCAGGGAAAUGUUGGAGAACGAAGACAAGGGCGUGGGCGUGGGUGUGGGCCCACUAUAGUGGAAAUACCAAAAGUAAAGAAAGGAUCCUAAGCCAAGAAUAACACACAUCCCAUUUUGGCCCACGUAGUUUUCAGUUGAUGUUGAUGUGGGGGUGGUUUCAUUUUCAUUUUAUUUUAUUUUUUUAUAGGUAUUUUAUCUUUUUUUAUAUAUAUAUAUUUUUCAUUUGUAUAUAUAUGCGUUUGGUGAAACUUACCUUUCUCUGUUCAACUAACAAAUCCCUUUUUGGGGAAACGGGUAAUAAUUUUUCAUAUCCGUUAUCUUUCUUCCGCAAUGAAAUUGUUAUUUGGUUCUUUGAUA